AUGUCCGCCGCUACGGUAACAAAGCAAGUUAUUCCAAAAGCCUUCCCAAAGUUUAUGCACCGCUAUGUGGGCAACGGGAGAUUGUUUGAGUGUCUGAAGCCGUACGAGAAGUACUCCGUGGUCGCCUAUUUGAAUUCCGUCUACAACAGUGCCCCACUCUUCAAGUGGUCUCUCAGUAUUGUUCCCCUCUACGGCAUUUUUAUUGGCAACCCGCCGGUGGAAAAGUUGGAUUUUAACUCCAGCGUUGCCCUUUGCGCCACCGGUAUUGUUUGGUUUGUGUACGCACUUCUUAUUCAACCGCAGAACUCCGGAAGUCGCUCACUGGCACUUGUGAACAUUUGCUUGGCUUCUGUAAACGGCUAUAAUGCCUACCGCAGCUGGUCCUACAAUCAACAAAAGAAACUGAAGCAAUAA